AUGGCGGGAGUGGAUUUGCGGCACAUACUCUUGGAUUUGCUGCCGUCGUCUGAUAUGACGGAGCGAUGUCGAGAGCUAGGUAUCCAACAUCAUCUUGAGAAGUUUAUUCCUGACCUUUGGGCCAUCAGUGCAGUCAUUCGGGACGCGACGAUGCGGGCGUGGACGCAGCCGGACGUGGAGAUGUGGAUGGCGGAUGCGGGUGCAGCCAUUGGGGACGUCCAAAACCUGCUCGACCGGAUCUUGGAGUGGCCGGGGAGGGCAGCGGCACCGUCGAAUCCCUUGUUGCGCUCCUUCCGAGUGGCUUUUCGUCUUUCUAUUCUGCAGGAGCUCAAGGAGAUGGGGCUCAGGUUGAAGGAGCUCGUCCUUUGGGGGUCUGCCUUGGACCUCCGGAAGGAGAUGAUGGAUGCCAUGGAUCCAUGCGAUGAAGAGUACUCCUAUGUCCUAGGAGAUGAAGUGGUGGGAAGAGAUGAGGACAGAGAUAAUAUUGUAGAGAUUCUUCAGCAGAAUCAAUCAUCCAACAACAACGGUGAGCCCUUCGUCAUACAAAUCCAUGAUGAAUGGCCGUUUGGAUCACUGUCAUCCAUGGGGAAGACAACCCUGGCUCGGAUGAUUUACCACCACCCCUGGGUGCGCCAACAUUUCCAUCAUCGAAUCUGGGUGGACGUUUCCAUCGACUUAUCUUUCGAUGAACUAAGCAUCGGGAGAGAAUUUGCAAGGUCUAUCACGGGAGACUCGUGCGACCAUCUGCAAUCGCACCAAGCUAUCUGGCUACUCGUGAAUGAACGGCUCGGCCAAAGAAGAUACUUGCUCAUUUUGAAUGACAUAUACUAUGAUGAUAUGGAAGAGGGGUUGAAAGACAAGUGGGAUCAACUAAAGCACAACCUAUUGCAUGUGGGUGGAAUCGGAAGUACAGUGAUCAUCACCACCAACCAUAUGCAGCCUAUAUAUAUAUUUGGGUCUAGAGAAUACUUGUUGCAUGGCCUAUCAGAGGAUGCUUGGAUAAAAUUGGUCAUGCGAGACACAUUCAUUGGAUCAGCGCAGGACAAAGAGAACACUUGUUCCAUAAAUUUGCUAAUUCAAUUUGCGGAGCAACAAUACAAAACACAUGAUGGCUCUCCCAUGCUAGCAAAGACGUUGGGCUCAAUAUUCAGGUACACUGAGACUCCAUCAGCAUUUUGA